AUGUUCUCUUUUUACCUCCGUUCAGUUUUGGCUGCCUUUGUGCUUACAGCUGUCGCUGUCUCAGCCUCUCCAUCUCUUUCCCUGAAGCUGAAGGGUCCGAGCUCUGUUACUGGCGUUGAGAACUUGAAGAUUACCGCCACCAUUACCAACACGGGCACCGAGACUCUUAAGAUCUUAAAUGAUCCUCGUAGUCUCCUCUCCAAGCGCCCUGCCAACAAGUUUUCCAUUACUGAUGGCAAGGGCACCCGCCCCUCAUUCACUGGUAUCAAAGUGAAAUAUUCCCCCGAGUACGCCGCGCAGCAAGGUGCAUUCACCGUCCUCACGCCUGGUGCAUCGGUAUCCAUAACACACAAUUUGUCUGAGGGUUACAACUUUACCAUCUCUGGUGCUGGAGAUUACGAUUUUGAGGCCGACAGCACCUUCUACGUUGUGAACCCCAAUAACGAAAUUGGAGUUGUUCAUGCUACUACACAAGAAGCCGUUAUCACCACCAAGGUGGUUGGAAACUUGGCCGUUGCGCGCCGGGACGAGAUUAACUCCCAUCUUUCCAAGCGUGCUACCUUUAUAAGCUGUUCGUCUUCGAGACAGAGCCUUCUCAACACCGCCAUUGCUUCUGCAGAGACCUAUGCAUCCAACUCGUACAGUUAUCUUAAUUCUCUCACCACCGGCUCUCCUAGGUAUACCACCUGGUUCGGAGCCUAUACAUCUGCUCGUCGAAGCACCGUCCUGUCUCACUUCAACCUUAUCAACGCUAACGACUUCUCUACCUUUACUUACGAUUGCUCUUGCACCGACUCUGCAUACGCUUAUGUUUACCCUGGAACUUUCGGAAAGAUCUAUCUCUGCAGUGCUUUCUGGAAUGCUCCUAACACCGGUACUGACUCCAAGGCUGGCACCAUCAUUCACGAAGCAUCACACUUUACAAGGAAUGGUGGCACUGAUGACUAUGCUUAUGGUCACUCCGCUGCGAAGAGCCUCGCCACGAGCAACCCGGCUCGCGCCGUCAUGAACGCCGACUCGCAUGAAUACUUUGCUGAGAACACUCCCGCCCUCUCUUAA